AUGGUUGGCUCCUCCUCCAUCCUCCUGCCCCUGCCAGGGUCAAGGGGGACCAGCAACCAAAGGGGCUGUGAACACCUGAACCACUGUCCCCAAAUCAUGGGCAAUAACUGCUGUGCAUUUGGUCCAGAAAUAGAAAUAAUAGUGAUAGAGAAGCAGAAGAAGGCGCUCCUUGCAAAGCAGCAACUUGAAAAAAAGAACAAGUCGGCUGGAAAGAUCCAGGCCUGGUGGCGUGGCACACUGGUGCGUAGAACCCUGCUGGUGGCUGCCCUCAGGGCCUGGAUGAUUCAGUGCUGGUGGAGGACCCUUACGCAGAGGUGGGUGCAGAAGCAACAGCAGGCCCUGUUGAAGAGUUACAUAAUCCGGGAGCAGGCAGCCGUCAAGCUGCAGUCGUGGGUUCGCAUGUGGCAGUGCCAGCAACAUUACUGCCACUUGUGCAACACGGUCUGCGUACUGCAGGCCCGGAAGAGCUGCCUUGCCCUCCAGAAGGAGGACCAUUUGCAGUUGCAGUACCAAGUCCCUUCCAACCAGCUCCAGUUCCAUAUUGAAAUCCUAUCAGUCUGA